AAAUAACAGUUAGCGGAUGGACAGAAAUAGCCAGCAUACAGCAUAGUUGUAAUUGCUACUUGUGGUGCCGCUGGUAGUACUAGUAAUAGUCGCCUAGUAGUAAUAGUAGAAGUAGUAUAGUUGUAGCUGCGCUUACGUAAUUUUCUCCUUCUUCUUUUUGUUGUUGUUUAGAUUCAGCACAUUAUUUCGUUUUAGUAAGAACAGCUGUGCUCUCUCUCAGCAUUCUUUGUUCUUUUUCUUUCGCAUCGCUCCUCUUACAGCUCCAAGGAAGGUCGCGGUUCCUCAGAAAGAUUUAGUGAUUAUUUAGUGCUUAUUUGAUUUAAAAAGCCACUCAGCAAAACAUGUUUUCGAAGACUGUCUUGGCCCGACUACGCGCAGGCGUUCAUUUCUUCAAGCCUUCGAAAUUCCUGCAGAGAAACUGUGGGAAACCACUCGUGUUUGUUCAGCCGAGCUGUGCAAUCCAUGUGGACAGUCCUCCCACUGUUCCCAGUCUCACCAUCAGCUAUGCCCACGGUACAUCCUCCAUCUCAAUGCUCCCCCUGACGGUGGGUCAGAGCCUGCAGAACACUGCCGAGCGCUGGCCUGACCGGGAGGCUCUGGUCUUUCCACAGGAUGGAAUCAGAAAGACUUUUUCCCAGUUCCAAGUGGAUGUGGAUCAGGCUGCGGCAGGCCUGUUGGCCUUGGGGCUGAAGAAGGGGGACCGUUUGGGAAUGUGGGGUCCUAACAGCUAUGAGUGGAUUAUAAUGCAGUUUGCUACAGCCAGGGCUGGCAUCAUUCUGGUGUCAGUGAACCCAGCCUAUCAGCUGCACGAGUUGGAGUUUGCAAUGAAGAAGGUUCAGUGCAAUGCGAUUGUGUGUCCAUCUCAGUUCAAGACACAGAAAUACUAUUACAUGUUGAAGCAGCUAUGCCCUGAAAUAGAGACAGCCACUGCCACAGGAAUCAAGAGCAUCAGACUUCCAGACCUGCGCGUAGUCAUUUUAACAGACAGCCGACAGCCUGGAGCACUGCACAUGGACGAUGUGAUGCAGGCAGGGAGCAGCCAGUACCACCAGGAGUUACAGGACCUGCAGAAAAAAAUCAGCUUUGAUGACCCGAUCAACAUUCAGUUUACUUCGGGAACAACUGGAAGUCCUAAAGGAGCAACCCUGUCCCACCACAACAUUGUUAACAACGCUUAUUUCAUUGGUCAGCGACUAGGCUUCAACUGGAGACCCACUGUGCGAGUGUGUGUGCCCGUGCCCCUCUAUCACUGUUUUGGCUCAGUGGCGGGAGGCUUGGUGAUGGCAUUGCAUGGUGCCACUCUGGUCUUCCCCUCCACAGGGUAUGACGGACGCGCCAACCUAGCAGCCAUUCAGAAUGAAAGGUGUACGUUUGUCUACGGUACUCCCACCAUGUUCAUAGACAUGCUGGGCCAGCCCGACCUGGCCAAGUUUGAUCUGUCCAGUCUGGAGGGAGGUGUCAUGGCUGGUUCACCCUGUCCCCCUGAAAUAGUAAAAGCAGUGAUCACAGACAUGGGUGUCAAACAGCUGUGUAUUGGCUAUGGCACCACAGAGAACAGCCCUGUGACAUUCUGUGGCUUCCCAUUGGACAGCUUCGACAGAAAAGUGGAGACUGUUGGGUGUAUACUCAACCAUACUGAGGCAAAGGUGGUGAACCCUACAACUGGAGAGGUUGUGCCCCUUGGGACUCAAGGCGAGCUGAUGAUUCGCGGCUGCUGCGUAAUGCUAGAGUAUUGGGACGAUGUCCUUAAAACCCAGGAGUGCAUUACCAAAGACCACUGGUACAAGACUGGAGAUAUUGCCACGUUGGACCAGUAUGGAUAUUGCCGCAUUGAGGGGCGAAUUAAGGACAUGAUUAUCCGCGGAGGAGAGAACAUUUACCCAGCUGAGAUUGAGCAGUUCCUGCAUACACACCCUAAAGUCCAGGAGGCACAAGUGAUCGGAGUGAAGGAUGCACGCAUGGGAGAGGAAGUGUGUGCCUGUAUAAAGCUGAAAGCAGGACAGGAAUGCGGAGCAGAGGAAAUCAGAACUUACUGUACGGGCAAGAUUGCUCAUUUUAAGAUCCCUCGCUAUGUGACUUUUGUUCAGGGUUACCCACUCACUGUUUCAGGCAAGAUACAGAAGAACAAGUUACGAGCAGAAACAGAAAAACAACUGGGACUAUAAGAACAUGAAAGAAGAAUUCCAGUGUUCUGCUGAAGCAGCAAAAGUUUAUUCAUUAAACUGAAAAUCUAAGGCCAGAUUUCCAAAGUAUUUUUUACUUACAACAGCCUUAAAAUUUCAUUAUCUGACUGUCUGAAAAGGGAACUGUCAUUAUUACUGUUUUUUUUUUUCAUAUGUCAAUGUAUUUCAUAAACUUUCUCUUUAGUUCUAGCAACAGGGAAACACAGAGGUAAUAUUGUGAGCAGAAACACUCAGCUCUGAUGUCAAAUUUUCCAUAUAAAUAUACAGUGCUGUAAACAUGAGCACUUCCUGCAGCCUGUCACUGAGUUCCAAACAGCUGGCAUUAAUAUCCUUAUCUGUAAUCAACGGGACUAUAUGGGGUCAGGAUUUGUUCAAAGUUUGCUAACUUGCUAGGGAUGGUCAGUGCCAGUCAAAACAAGGGGUGACACUACAAGUCAUUAAAUAGUUUUAAAAUAAAAAAAUAGUGGUUGCAGCUGCCUCUAAAACAUUUCUGAAUCUUGCGGUGCAUGAGAGUGCACCUGAAGCCCACUUCCACAUUUUUCCUCUGCUUUCAAAGAGAGAAUGAAGCAAAGAUUGCCUUUUAUAGUAACUGUGAAGUGCAUGUCACUUUAAGUUAGCUUGUUUAGAACUGAUAUUACUGUCAAAUGUGGUAAUAACUCUGUUAUGCCCUGUGGCAGACGCAGUGUAACUGUUUCACUUUACAAAGGAGCUUAAUAAGUUAUGUCAAAUAGGGACCAAAGAAAUUGUGCCUGAUCAUACUGCCUUAUAACCGCAGUUAGAAUGGCCUCUGUACCAAUGAUAUGCUGUCAUUUAUCAUGAUUUUUCAAAGACUACGUGUGAUCAUUUCAAUGUGAGCCUCUUUUUAAUCCCUUUGUAAUAAUAUCCUGAGAAUAUACUUAACUGGGUCUAUUAAAAACAAUAUUAAAACAGA